AUGCCCUUCGGCCUGAAGAACGCAGGGGCCACAUAUCAAAGGUUGAUGAACAAGAUAUUCGGCGACAUCAUUGGCAAAACAGUGGAAGUCUACGUGGACGACAUCCUUGCCAAGACCACCCGAACCGAAGACCUUCUGAGCGACCUGGAAAGCGUAUUCACGGCUCUCCGACGACACGUAACGGAUGAUGCGCUGACGACGGUCUUGGUGCGGGAAAAAGCGAAAGCCCAACAACCAAUUUACUUUGUGAGUAAAGCCCUGCAAGGAGUAGAACUUAGGUACAGCAAGUUAGAAAAACUGACACUAGCGCUCCUAACCUCUUCCCGCAGGCUACGGCAAUACUUCCAAGGUCACCAAGUGGUCGUAAGAACGGACCAAGGAAUUCGUCAAGUGCUCCAAAAACCCGACCUAGCGGGAAGGAUGAUGACUUGGGCCAUCGAGCUGUCCCAAUAUGAUUUAAGGUACGAGCCUCGACAUGCAAUCAAGGCGCAAGCAAUGACAGACUUCCUGGUGGAAGUAACCAGAGACCCAACCGAGGACACGGGCACACGAUGGAAGCUCCAUGUAGACGGAGCCUCCAACCAGACGUCCGGGGGCACCGAGAUCAUCUUAGAAAGCCCAACCGGGGUCAUUUACGAACAGUCGGUCAAGUUCGAGUUUCCAGUGUCGAACAACCAAGCAGAGUAUGAAGCCCUCCUAGGCGGCUUGAUCUUAGCCCAGGAAGUCGGGGCUACGAGGCUAGAAAUAUGCAGCGACUCACAGAUCGUCACGUCGCAAGUGAAUGGAAGCUACCAAGCUAGAGAUUCGCUAUUACAGAAGUACUUAGAGAGGGUUAAAGAACUGAGCAAACAGUUUGAGGAGGUCAUGGUCCAACACGUUCCAAGGGAGAGGAACACACGGGCAGACCUCCUAUCCAAGCUAGCGAGCACAAAACCUGGAACCGGCAACCGCUCCCUCAUUCAAGGCAUCACGAGAGAACCAGCGGUUGCCCUCCACCUGACCGAGAUAAGCCCCUCCUGGAUGGACUCCAUCACUGAUUUCUUGCAAAACAGCAAACUCCCUGGAAGCGAGAAGGAAGCUAAAAUGUUAAGAAGGGAGGCUGCCAAAUACACGGUCAUACAGGGCCAACUAUUCAAAAAGGGACUUAGCCAACCUCUGCUGAAGUGCCUACACCCCGACCAGACGGACUACUGGGGAGUCGACCUCUUGGGACCUUUCCCGGUUGGCCCAGGGCAAGUCAAAUAUCUCAUAGUCGCCGUCGACUAUUACACCAAAUGGAUAGAAGCCGAGCCACUGGCCACUAUCUCCUCGUCCAAUUGUAAAAAGUUCAUGUGGAGGCAGGUGAUAACUCGAUUCGGCAUCGCGGAGGUCGUCAUUUCAGACAACGGGACGCAAUUCACCGAUAAGAAGUUUGUAGAGUUCCUCGCCGGCUUGGGCAUCAAACAGAAAUUCUCCUCGAUAGAGCACCCCCAGACAAACGGACAAGUCGAGUCCGCAAAUAAGAUCAUCUUGCUGGGCCUCAAGAAGCGGCUAGACAACAAGAAAGGAGCGUGGGCUGAUGAGCUCGCCUCAGUCCUCUUGUCCUACCGUAAAACCGAGCAGUCUGCCACGAGAGAAACCCUCUUCUGCCUGACAUACGGGGUAGACGCAAUGAUACCCGUAGAGAUCGGUGAGCCGAGCCCACGGUUACUUCUCAAAGGGGUGGAAGAAGCUGUAGAGAAGGACCUAGUAGAUGAAACCAGGGAGAAGGCCCAUCUGUCAGAAGUAGCACUAAAGCAAAGAAUGGCCCUACGCUACAACACCAAAGUGCUCAAGAGAGAUUUUGAGCGAAACGACCUCGUCCUACGGCGCAAUGACAUCAGCCUACCGACCCAAGGAGAAGGCAAACUGGCGACAAACUGGGAAGGCCCCUACAGGGUCAGAGAAGUGCUUGGCAAGGGCACCUACAAAUUGGAGAGGUGA